AAAACAUCAAAGUGGUUAGUUUGUUAGUAUUUAAAUUUAAUAAAGUAUAAUUUUAUCUACGAAUUAAUCGAAUUUAUCGAAAAGAUGAAAUGUCAAAUAAUUUAAGAAAGUCCGAGUUUGAUUUGAAAAAAAGUUAGGUACCUACCUAGCGAUCUUAUUGUUGUUGUUUGUUUUCAUAGAAAAUAUCGCUUAAUAUAAAUUAUUUCAUUAAUUAAUUCCUGUAAGAUAAGUUCAUUGAGACUAGUCUAAGUUCCAUUCGUGAUUAUAAAUGUUCAAAUAUAAAUUUCCUAUUGUAAAAUCGGUGAUGACGCUCGAUUUAAAAUAGCUGUUCUACAACAACAAAAUUGAGAUGCUUCCAAUUUUGAUUUAUAAUAAUAUGGAAGGGAGUUCGAAUUCAUUUAAUAAUAGUCCUGGUUCGACUUACAAUGGAUUGUACGAUGACAGUGUUAUAUUAAAUUGUGUUAGAAGUAGAAAAAAAGUGAGUGAAUUGCCUAAUUGUCCUGUGUGCAGUUGUACUAUAAGACAGGGAGAGUUAGAAACUCAUUUAGCUUUAGAAAUAGAGAGACUUAAUAAAUUAUCUGGUGGUUCGUCGAAAAGGAAAAUUAGUGUAAACUCUUCUACAAACAUAGCUAUGCCAGGUUCCAGUUCAAAUUAUGAAGAGGCAGAAGAACAAAUAGUUGAUGUGUCUGGAUGUCCAGGCAGUGAUGUAUAUCAGCGUGUCCAUUCAAACCGCGUGCGUCGGUUGCGUGCACGUCGGCGCAGCACUCCUCCGCCAGCAGAGGGCCAGUGUCCCGUGUGUAACACGACGAUGCCCACGUCACGAUUACAGAGGCAUGCUCUCAGAUGUCUCAAAAGAACUGGUGCUUCAAUAGAUGAUGACGUGCCUGACACCAGUUCGGAAGAAGGCAGCAUUGAUGUUGAGGUGACAGAAAAGAUUCAUUAUUAUUAUAUUUUCAUUAAUUUAGUACUGAUAAAUAUUCUUAAUGAAAAAUUCUUAAAAAUCAAUGAUUAGAGCAGUAGUCUCAUUUUCGUGGUGGUGGCUUUGGACCCAGAUCAUAUCUUGGGGACCCAGAGCAGGCUUAAGCAUUGUAAUUAG